AUGAGGCUACAUUUCGUAGGAGAUAUCGUAUGUCUCGUCCCUUAUUUCUUUGUAUUGUUCAUGGCAUUGAAAGUCAUGACAACAUACGAACUUCCUGCAUAUGCUUUAGACGAGUACAUAAAAAUAGGCGAAUCAACGACAAUCGAAAGCAUGAAAAGGUUUUGUCGAGCCAUAGUAGAGAUAUUUUCAGAGGAAUACUUACGAUCACCAACACCGAAUGAUGUUUCCAGAAUUCUUUACAUUGGUGAAAAACGAGGUUUUUCCGGGAUGCUUGGUAGCUUAGACUGCAUGCACUGGAAGUGGAAAAAUUGUCCUACUCCUUGGGCUGGACAAUACGCUGGCCGUAGUGGAUCACCUAAUAUAAUUUUGGAAGCUGUGGCAGAUUAUGAUCUUUGGAUUUGGCAUGCAUAUUUUGGAUUACCAGGCACUAAUAAUGAUAUCAAUGUGCUGGAGUCUUCUCACCUUUUGGAACGCGCAUUCGGAGUGUUACAAUCUCGUUCUGCUAUUUUGAAAGGACCAGAUGAGCAUGAUCUCGAUGCACCGAUUGAAGUUGAAAGAGAAGUUCCACCUCUAGCGGUCCAAAUAGCAGAAGAUGAUGAUAUUCGUUUCCAAGAGUUUCUAGGUCGAUUCAAAAAAAGAAAAGAUAAAGAAGCUCAUUUCUCACUUUGA